AAAAUACAUUUGAAAAGUUAUUGUGAGUAGGUGGUGGUGAUAAAAUUAUGGUUGAAAACAGAGCUUAUUUUCUGUGAUAAUCCAAAACUCUAUGGAUAAAUCCUAUUGUCUUUUGUCGAGGAAGCAGUGUCAUGCUAACAGCCGCUCCGCCUACAAAGUGAUGUCAUAGCUCCCCCACUCUACUGGCAAAAUGAGGAAGUGGGCAUCUCUGUCACAUUCAUCUGUUCGUGUUAAACAUGUGACCAAGAAAGAAACAGUAAAACUCAUCUGAACACACAUCGAGAGCUUCAGAAGAACUGAAUCCACUAACAGCAGAGAAGAUCACUGAAGAAGAGAGAAGAAUGAAGAUCAUCUGGACUUUUACUCUGCUGAUGAUUCCUGGUGUGUUGAGCUCCAUCAGUGUGACAGGAUAUUCAGGAGGAGGAGUCAGCAUCACAUGCAGAUAUGAUAGAAGAUAUACAGACAAUAACAAGUAUUUUUGUAGAGGAGAGUGGUCAGUUACAUCAUUGACUAAAUGGUGGUCUGAUCUCAUCAAGACUGAAGAGAAAGAUAAAUGGGUUGAUUCUGGAAGAUUCUCUCUGUAUGACGACACAAGAGCAGCAGUUUUCACUGUGACCAUCAGAGAUCUGAGAGAACAGGAUUCUGGGACGUAUUACUGUGCAGUUGAUAGAUCUUGGGCUGAAGAUUCCUACACUGAAGUGAAUCUGAAUGUUGUAACAGCAGCUGAUUGUUGUCAGAAGAGCAUCAGUCUCUCCGCUGCUGCAGGAGCAUCUGUGAACAUCAGCUGCAGAUACCCACAAUCCCACAGUGCUGAUGUGAAGUUUGUCUGCAGGAGAUCUGGAUCUGAUCUCUGUGCUGAAGAGACGUCUGUGAAGGAGAGCAGAAGAUGGAGCGCUGAGGGACAGAUGCAGCUGUAUGAUGACAGAGAGCAGCAGCUCCUGACGGGAAUCAUCAGUCAUGUGACUCAACAACAUUCAGCUGAAUACUGGUGUGGAGUUCAGUCUGAUCCAGGACACAAGAGCUUCAUCACACGAGUCCUCGUCAGCGUCACUGAUAAUCUGAAAACAAAUUCACCACCACCAUCAUCAUCAUCAUCACCAACGUCAUCAUCAUCAUCAUCAUCAUCAUCAUCAUCAUCAUCACCUUCAUCAUCACCAACAUCAUCGUCAUCAUCAUCAUCAUCAUCAUCAUCAUCAUCAUCUGCUUCUUCUUUCUCAUCAGUCACAUCUCCACUGAUCACAAGAGUUUCCAAAUCAUCUCCAUCCAGUUUCACAUCUGCAGGCUCUUUUCUGAUCGUUCCUCUGGUUCUGCUUCUUCUGGUUCUGAUCAGCGUUGGUCUCUUAUUUCUGUUUCUCUCUAAGAAGCAUCAGUCUCGAGGCGGUGAUUCAUCAUCUCAGACUGGAGCAGAAAAACAUGGAGUGGUUUCUCACACUGGUUGUGAUUAUGAGGAGAUUAAAGACUCUCACAAACAGUUACCCAUAAACCCCUCUGUUUCUCCUGACUGUGUUUAUGCCACAGCUCAGUUACCCACAAUCCCCUCUGUUUCUCCUGACUGUGUUUAUGCCACAGCUCAGUUACCCAUAAACCCCUCUGUUUCUCCUGACUGUGUUUACGCUACAGUUCAGAAAGACACUGGUGACUCUCAGAUCUUCAUCACAUCUGCUGAGGAUCUGAAUUACUCCGUGGUGAAUUUCCAGAAGAAAGCAGACUGUCCUGAAGGUGUCAGAUUGAGGAAUAAUCAGGAUUGCAGUGAAUACACUGCUGUCAAUCAUCUCACUGACUGACGACACACAGCAGAGAAUCUCAAUCAACUGAAAGUUUUGAUUUUGUGUUCAAGCUUCUCUGAUUAGUAUUUGUGUUAUUUUUGUGGUUGUCUUCUGCUGUAUAUUUUAGACAGUCUUGCAGGUCAGACUUUUGACUGUCAAUGUGAAGAAUGUUUAAAUGACAGAGCAGUGUUUUGUUCUGCAAAGAAAUGAUCAGAACAACCUCUGUGUUUUUGGUCAGCAUUUGAUGUAAAUAUGUACUGAAUAUUUCUGAGAUAAAAGAAUAUGCGCCUGUGAUCAGUUAGUUUUGUUAAUGUUAAACUACACGUCUGGCAGCUGCGGUUCUUCUGAAACUUUUAUUAAGUCUCAGUGUUUAAAAGCUCACACAUUUUUACACAUGCAGCAGCUACUGCUUUUUUCCUCAGUGUUUAAUAGAUAGAUUAAAAGCUUGAUAACUUAGAAAAGAACAUUUAGUAAACUAAGAUGAAGCCAUGAUAUUGUAUGCAAAUAUGAUAUGAAUGCACUAUAUUUAUAUAUAUAUAUAUAUA